UUUGCGGGGAGAUCCAGAGAGGCUUCGGGGCUGGGGGAGGUGAGGGGUGCUUUAGCCUGCCUACCAGGGUUGUCUCAAUCUCUCUCUCUCUCUCUCUCUCAAUCUCUCUCUCACACACACACACACACACACACACACGCACGCACACACACACACCCCACAUCACAACCGAGACGGGCUGUCCGCAGCUCUCAGCCACCCCAAGGGGAGGAAGAGAACAGGAGCAGGGGGAAGCCUGGCGCAGAAAGAAGGGAAAAGGAAGAGCUCAGGGUUGAACAUUUUUGGAGAUUGGGGUGGGGAGAAGAAAGGAAGCGUGCCUCCUCUAUUUUCCCCUCCCUACCCCUCUUUGCUUUUCUCUCCCCUUCCCUGUAUAGCAUAUUCCAGAAAAGGCAGCAGAAGGGGAUAGAAACCUCUAGUGUAGAAAGGGAUUUAGAGGGGUGGCCAGCGUUCCCGCCAGCCGCUACCUAACAGCUGGAGCUUGAAUGUGCAGCCUAGAGGCCCCAGGCUGUCCCAUGUGGCCGCUGUUUGCGCGCUGCCAAAGAGGAGUCCGGCAAGGCGCGGCAUCUCACAUCCUGGCCGGCCGACACCCAGACAACACAGGUCUGAUCCGGAGGAACCACUUGGCUCAGGAAAAGGAAAUGAAGACAUAAAGAAGUGGUAAUGUGACUUGCCUAAGUUCAUAUUUCAAAUUAGUGGCAGAGCUGGGACUACAAUCCACGUCUCCUAAUUCCCAGGACAAUAUUUUUAAACUGCACCAAUUUACAAAUAGAGCUUUCUAAAUUGCUAUGAACCAUGGCCCAACUGUACUACAAAAAGGUCAACUAUUCACCGUACAGAGACCGCAUCCCCUUGCAAAUUGUGAGGGCUGAGACAGAGCUCUCUGCAGAGGAGAAGGCCUUCCUCAAUGCUGUGGAGAAGGGGGACUAUGCCACUGUGAAGCAGGCCCUUCAGGAGGCUGAGAUCUACUAUAAUGUCAACAUCAACUGCAUGGACCCCCUGGGCCGGAGUGCCCUGCUCAUUGCCAUUGAGAACGAGAACCUGGAGAUCAUGGAGCUACUGCUGAACCACAGUGUGUAUGUGGGUGAUGCAUUGCUCUAUGCCAUACGCAAGGAAGUGGUGGGCGCUGUGGAGCUUCUGCUCAGCUAUAGGCGGCCCAGUGGAGAGAAGCAGGUCCCCACUCUGAUGAUGGACACCCAGUUCUCUGAGUUCACACCAGACAUCACUCCCAUCAUGCUGGCUGCCCACACCAACAACUACGAAAUCAUCAAAUUGCUUGUGCAAAAACGGGUCACUAUCCCACGGCCCCACCAGAUACGCUGCAACUGUGUGGAGUGUGUGUCUAGUUCAGAGGUAGACAGCCUGCGCCACUCUCGCUCCCGACUGAACAUCUAUAAGGCUCUGGCAAGCCCCUCACUCAUUGCCUUAUCAAGUGAGGAUCCCAUCCUAACUGCCUUCCGCCUCGGCUGGGAGCUCAAGGAGCUCAGCAAGGUGGAGAAUGAGUUCAAGGCCGAAUAUGAGGAGCUCUCUCAGCAGUGCAAGCUCUUUGCCAAGGACCUGCUGGACCAAGCUCGGAGCUCCCGGGAACUAGAGAUCAUCCUCAACCAUCGAGAUGACCACAGUGAAGAGCUAGACCCUCAGAAGUACCAUGACCUGGCCAAGCUGAAGGUGGCAAUCAAAUACCACCAGAAAGAGUUUGUUGCUCAGCCCAAUUGCCAACAGUUGCUUGCCACCCUGUGGUAUGAUGGCUUCCCUGGAUGGCGGCGGAAACACUGGGUAGUCAAGCUUCUAACCUGCAUGACCAUUGGGUUCCUGUUUCCCAUGCUGUCUAUAGCCUACCUGAUCUCACCCAGGAGCAACCUUGGGCUGUUCAUCAAGAAACCCUUUAUCAAGUUUAUCUGCCACACAGCAUCCUAUUUGACUUUCCUCUUCAUGCUUCUCCUGGCUUCUCAACACAUUGUCAGGACAGACCUUCAUGUACAGGGGCCUCCCCCAACGGUCGUGGAAUGGAUGAUAUUGCCUUGGGUUCUAGGUUUCAUUUGGGGUGAGAUUAAGGAAAUGUGGGAUGGCGGAUUUACUGAAUACAUUCAUGACUGGUGGAACCUGAUGGAUUUUGCAAUGAACUCCCUCUACCUGGCAACUAUUUCCUUGAAGAUUGUGGCCUAUGUCAAGUAUAAUGGUUCUCGUCCAAGGGAGGAAUGGGAAAUGUGGCACCCAACUCUGAUUGCAGAAGCACUCUUCGCGAUAUCCAACAUUUUAAGUUCGUUGCGUCUCAUAUCCCUGUUCACAGCCAACUCCCACUUAGGACCUCUGCAGAUCUCUUUGGGACGCAUGCUGCUUGAUAUCCUCAAAUUCCUCUUUAUCUACUGCCUGGUACUACUGGCUUUUGCCAAUGGACUGAACCAGCUUUAUUUCUAUUAUGAGACUAGAGCUAUCGAUGAGCCUAACAACUGCAAGGGGAUCCGAUGUGAGAAACAGAACAAUGCCUUCUCCACGCUCUUUGAGACUCUCCAGUCACUUUUCUGGUCUGUAUUUGGCCUUUUAAAUCUAUAUGUCACCAAUGUGAAAGCCAGACACGAAUUCACUGAGUUUGUAGGAGCUACCAUGUUUGGAACGUACAACGUCAUCUCCCUGGUAGUGCUGCUGAACAUGCUGAUUGCUAUGAUGAACAACUCCUACCAGCUUAUUGCCGAUCAUGCUGAUAUUGAGUGGAAGUUUGCAAGGACGAAGCUCUGGAUGAGUUACUUUGAUGAAGGUGGAACGUUGCCACCUCCUUUCAACAUCAUCCCAAGCCCCAAGUCAUUUCUAUACCUUGGUAACUGGUUCAACAACACCUUCUGCCCCAAAAGAGACCCUGACGGUAGACGGAGAAGGCGAAACUUGAGAAGCUUCACAGAUCGCAAUGCCGACAGCCUGAUACAAAAUCAACAUUAUCAGGAAGUUAUCAGGAAUUUAGUCAAAAGAUAUGUGGCUGCUAUGAUAAGAAAUUCCAAAACAAAUGAGGGGCUAACAGAAGAAAAUUUUAAGGAAUUAAAGCAAGACAUCUCCAGCUUUCGAUAUGAAGUUCUUGACCUCUUGGGAAAUAGAAAACACCCAAGGAGAAGCUUUUCCACUAGCAGCACUGAACUCUCUCAGAGAGACGAUACUCAUGAUGGCAGUGGUGGGGCUCGGGCCAAAUCCAAGAGUGUCUCUUUUAAUUUAGGCUGCAAGAAAAAGGCUUGCCAUGGGCCACCUCUCAUCAGAACCAUGCCAAGAUCCAGUGGUGCCCAGGGAAAGUCAAAAGCUGAGUCAUCAAGCAAACGCUCCUUCAUGGGUCCUUCUCUCAAGAAACUGGGUCUCCUAUUCUCCAAAUUUAAUAGUCAUAUGUCUGAACCCAGUUCAGAGCCAAUGUACACAAUUUCUGGUGGAAUUGUUCAGCAGCACUGUAUGUGGCAGGACAUCAGAUAUUCUCAGAUGGAGAAAGGGAAAGCAGAGGCCUGUGCUCAAAGUGAAAUUAACCUCAGUGAGGUAGAAUUAGGUGAAGUCCAGGGCGCUGCUCAGAGCAGUGAAUGCCCUUUAGCCUGUUCCAGCUCUCUUCACUGUGCAUCCAGCAUCUGCUCCUCAAAUUCUAAACUUUUAGACUCCUCAGAGGAUGUAUUUGAAACUUGGGGAGAGGCUUGUGACUUGCUCAUGCACAAAUGGGGUGAUGGACAGGAAGAACAAGUUACAACUCGGCUCUAAGUCAAGUCCUUAUCAUCUGUUCUGGAACUCAACAGAAAUUUGUCAUUUCCUUGCUCUCAGAGGUGACACAAAAUAUGAUUCCCUUACUGCCCCUGCCCCCCAAAAAGGAGAGUGAAACUCCUAUUUGCACCAUCUUUUAUAGCCACAUUCUCCAUUUUUGUUGUUUUAUUACUUUCAUUAGCUUUUGCCUUUUUAUACCUGUAAACACUAAGUCCAUCUUACAACCAACUGAAAGGGUGUUGCACCUAAUCAGCAGAGGUGCAGCUGGGUGCUUCACCCUUUUGCUUUGCUUUUAUUACCCAUGCUUCCUUGAAGCCCCAGGUGCCAACUUGCUGUUGCUGCCACACAGAUUCCUGACCAUCCUCAGGAUUUCAUGCCAUUUUCCCACAGAGCUGAGGGAUGUGGUCAGCAGUCCCCACCAGCUAUCAGAUAAGGCAAACUACCCUGCCUAUCUUUGUUGCCAUUCAGUGCUACACGCUGCCCAUGCUGGUUCAAUGAACAGCAUCAAAGGGAGGCUGAAGAGAUUCCAAAGAAUUGUCAGCUUGUAGUUUCUAGGUAUAAAUGACUUGUUUCGUUCUUAAACACUACAACUUCUUAUUGUGGGGGCUGUUGAGUUUUCUUGUUUCUUAAAGAUGUGUUAGUUUCCUAAUAUGUGCCACUGAAAUAUUUACCCCAUAGUAUAUGUUAUAUCUAAUAAGUUAGGUGAAUUCUUUUCCUGUGUUUGUGUGUUUCAGUUAUCUUACAUUUUAAAAUUUGAUAGUAUCAAAAUUAGUAUUUAGAAUUUGUGCUGUUUUUUAAAAACUUCUACUGCACUCUAACCAGUAGUCACUACAUCUCAUACAUUGGCAAGAAAAAUAGUUGUCAUAUUUGUCAGGUCCUAUUUUGUUGAUAGUUUUAAUUAUCAUUGCUAUCAAAGCAUUUCUAAGAUAAAAGCCUGAAUUUGAAAUAUAAGAAAAAUGUCAUAUUGCUGAAGUGUCAAAAUGAGAAAAGAGCAUCUUAAUUUUAAUUAAUUGCUUUAUAAAAUGGCAAUUUUAGGUCGAGAUAACUUAAUUCGCAUUGCAGUUUUAAUAUUCAUUGGGGCAGUGGAAUUGCAUGUGUAAAUUAUGUUAAAUAUGAAACAUAACAACCCUAGUGGAUUCAUGGAAUUAUAAACGUGAUCCAAAUUCUACUGUCUUCAAAGAAAGCCGUAUUUAUACAUCCAAACAUAUUCUUUUGCACAGCUUAAGAGUACCUCAUCAGAAUACAACGGUUCAAGUUAAAAAAUAAAGUCCACAAUGCAUAUGAUCAUCAUUUUAGACCUGAUAACCACUCAGAACCUUGAGCAAGGGCGGUUUUUACCAACAUUAGCACAAAGGUUUCCUCAAUUUAGAUUCUAACAUAUGACCUGAAAAAACUUUAGGUCUGAAUCCUAGAGAUUAAAUUAAUAGCGUAUAGCCCAGAAAAGUAAAAUAGUUAGGUGUCACUCUGCUCUUUUAAAUGUCAACACCAAUAGGAUUCCAUUUAGAUUAAUGUAUGUAAUUUCUGGUAAAAGAGAAAUGAGGAAUUUUCAAACACUGCAAAUAUGCCUCCAAAGUUGCUUUUGAUAGUGUGAUUUCUGUUAUUUGGAUUUCAUCUCUUUCAAUAGCCUAGAGAAGAGCCAAAUGGAGGGGUAAGGGCCAGAAAUAGGAGGAGGUUUUGAAGAAUAAAGCCUCAGACCCAGCGAAAAGUGAUCAAGUGUAAAAGCUGCAUCAAGACUCAUUUAGCACAAAGGUUGUCCCAAAAUAAUUCCUUGAUCAUAUCUGAAGUGGUUUUUCACUCAAAUCAAUUUCUCCCCUGCUUCACUGAGACUGUCAUAUAUGUCCUUGACAUUUUGUAAUAGGUUACUUUCCGGAAAGGUUUCUGAAGUUACAGAUUCAGCUUUCCAAAUUGUCAAAUUCACUUUGAAUAAUAAUAGAACCUGGGCUACCUUCCUAACUCAUAUUAACAGCACCAAAAGAAAUAGCAUAUAACCCUAUUUCAUAAAAA